UUAAAUUUUCAUUAGUUUCAAACAAGUUAUUUUUAAUAUUUGUAUUUUUUUACAAUGAAAUUGUAUACAUUUAUUUCAAUAUUUAUUGUCGUUUUUGUGUUGAUACUAAAAGAUGGAGUUCAUUGCGAAAAAAAUGGGGAUUAUACAAUUUAUAUCAAAAGAGUGGUGAGAGACAUAUAUUUACAACUUAGAUCGGAACAAAUGCAAAAUCUAAUACUAAAACAAGAUUCAAUAUAUACUACUGUUAUAGUGGAAACUAAACAACUUAACAAACUCCUUGAUUUCCCGUAUAUAUAUUGUUAUACAAUAAGUGUACUCAAUUUCAAAUACACGGAAAUACUGAAAAAAUUCCUCAAUUACCUGGAUAUCAUCAUCCGUAAAUGUCAGCGAUUUCAAGAAAGAAAUUUAUCAGAAGAUUUUAAUCGUUGUGUAACAAUACUAGAAGACGCAAUGCAAAAUUCCAAGACUAUGAUUAAAAGUCUUCACAGUGCUAUGAAGUUUAUCAGUUAUAUUGACAUAAGAUUUUUGUUCUUUCAAGGCGUUGUGCCGCAUGCUAUAAUUGAUGAAAUAGACUUUAUAUAUCAAUAUGUCGUAGAGAUUAGCUGUUUUGAUCUAAACGAAUCACCAAAUCUAGAUUCAAAAACGAAAUUUCAGAAUUUGACAAAGUUUCACGCAGACGCAUUAAAAAAAGUAAUUCAUCUUUUUGAAAAUAGUAAUAUCAUUGACACUUCCGAAAAAACAGAUUUGACAACAAUUAUAAUUGAGGAAUGCUCAAAUGAAAAUAACUAUGAUGUCGUAAUUUCAACAUGUAGUGAACUUAAAAAGUUUUGCGACGAAACCAUAGAAAUUUGGUACAAAAGCCUAGGUUUUGAACAAUUUCUUAAUCCCAAAUUAAAUAAAUAUAUACCUCCAAUAGAUGCAGCAAUAAAUCAAGACGAUGGUAUUAAAGUUCUUAAUAUUCUUCUUAAGGAACCAGGUUGGAAAUCAAUGAAUCAUAUUAAUAUAAUUUAUUAUAAUAAAUUAUUCAGUGUAGAUUCUAUAAUUAAUGACCAAGUAUGUGACAUGAAUUUUCGAAUAAAAAAAGAACAUGUAACACAAUUAUUAAGAUGUAGAUAUUCAGAAAUACUGAAAAACUACUAUACAUUAUUAUCUUCUAUAUUGUAUGUAUGCAGAACAGAUGCCUUUGACUACUACUUCAAAUGUUUGAUUGAAUUAUUUAACUCAUUCAACAAAUCUGAAAUAAUGCUUCAAAGAUGGCAUACAGCUUUAAUUUCUUUAAAUAAAACAUCAUUAUGGAGUGUUUAUGUCAAAUCUAAAUCGAAUUUAUUGAAAAUAUUAGAAUGUGUUACAGAUUAUCUCAGAUUCUUAAAGAACAAUAAAUUGUCUCGAGAUAAUUUUUUCGAUGAACAUGAUAAAUUAAAAACUGAAGUUGUUGAAAGUAUUCUAGAAAAUUUCCAAAAUUUAUUAAAUGAUAUUAGUGAUAUUUUAGUGAGCGAUUUCAAAAAUAUAUACACGCGGUGUUCAAUGAAUUUCAAAGAAUUUUUUUAUUAUAAAUUCGAUAAAGUAAAUGAGUUCAGGGAAAUAGCACAUACAUCAGAUAAUCCAAAUCCUGAAAGGGCAAUCCAAGUUUAUCUUAGUGCGUGUAAAUAUUUUGAAGAUUUCUGUAAAUUUGCUUACAAAUCUUGUUAUGAAGAUCUGGGUUUUAACAAAGUUUUAGAUUGUCAAAACAAAGAAUUAGAUGACAAACUAAUUCAAUUCACUGUAAAUUUAUCUACAUAGACUUUAAUGCAUAGUAAAGGAUAAGAAUCAACAGGUUCACUUUUAAUAAUACAUUUCAUAAAACAUAAUAUAUUUUUAUUGUUACUUAAUAAUGUUUUCAGAUAAUUUGUAACUUCGCUAAAUUUGUUAUAACAUAAUAUAACUAAGUUCUAAGUAUAUAACGUAUUAUACCUUAUAAAAUUGUGAAUCAUUAUUGGUUUUAAAAUAUAAUAAUAUAAAAAUUUAAAUUUAAAAAAUGUAUUAUUUCGUAGUUUAUGUCAACAUAAUAUGCUAAAUGCCUUAAAAAUGAAUUCAAAAACAAUAUAUGUACAAUUUCAAAAUUUUCAUGUAAUUAAUAAAUCGCAAUAGCAAUUGAGUAUUAAAAACAAAACAUUUUUUGAGAACUUUUAAUCAUCAAUUGGGAAUAUAAAAUAUUUUAUAUUCCUAAAAUAUAUAGUGUACUCUUACAUUGAGGGGUUAAGAGUCCAGUUAGUAUUCAGUGAGUUUUAACAAGCAAAUUAAUUCAGAAAUAAAUAU